AUCGCUAAGUAUGUAUGUACAUGUAUAAAUAUGUACAUCAAAACAACAUCAUGUGUUAGAAAACAAAACAAGGCGCGUAGACAACUGCAAAAGUAAAUGUGUUUAUGUGUGUAUGCGCUUAGUACAAAGGGGUUGUCGUAACGAACGUAGCGCAGCUAACUCACAAUAGUCAGCUACUUUUUUUCUAAACCAACAACGCUAGUAGCAAAAGAGAUUUUGACGUAAUCACAGUAAAGGUUUCAGAAUGUUCAUUUUAUUUUCAUAAUAAAAACGAAGCUUUUCAAUGAAUUGUUUAAUCAUCACAAUUAAUUCGUUUUCGUCAGUUGUCAGUGUGAUCUUCUGAGCUGCACCAGUGCUACAUUUGUAGCUUUGGCCUAGUGUCUGACUGUGUUAGUCGUUUGACCGGUGGUGUGUUUUUGUUAUUGUGACUAACAUAUUUGUACCUCAUUCAACUAAUUCAUUUCUGAACAGCAAGACAUAUAUAAAUACAAACACAUGAUAUGUACAAAAGAAAAAAGAGUGGAUUUUGUGUUAGAACAAAUUGUUGCUUUUACCGACUCUGCAUUAUUGGCAAUUUGUUGUUGUUUGCGUUUCAAGUGCAAAUUGCGUGAAAGAGGCAAUCACCAUUACCUCGUUUCAUUGAAUAUUUCCUCAUUUCUUUGCGGAUGGCUAUGAAAUUGCUAAGUGCUUAGCAUGUAAUUGUGUUCGUAUGGGCAUUUAGAUAUCGCAAAUCUCAUUUUGAAUGGAAUAACAAAAUAUCAGAUAUACUUCGAUCCGCUUGCCGCUUGUGAAAUCAUAAAAACUCUUACUAAGCUUUGAACAUUUACAACAAACCAAAUCAAAGAAACUUGAAUUAGCACCAAAGUUCGAUAUUAGUCAGUAGCAACCAAUAAUUAUUUUGCUUUUCGUAGUAGCAUAUUGACUACGAUUUUGCAUCUUUCUGGGUUGCUCUUAUAAAGAAAAAAUUUGUCAAACUGAAGCAGUUGUCGCAAGACGUGACGGUGCUGUUGAAAAUUAAAAAAAUGGACAGCAUCGGUGAGGAGAACGGCAACUCGAACAAUAUUGAGGAAGGUCACAAUUUGACGACUACCUCAACGCAACAGCAGCAGCACCAAAGUAAUAACUCCUCAAAUUCAACGGCCGGCAAUAGUGUAGCAACAUCAGCCGCCGGUAGUGGAGCCACUGUAUUGACUACAACAGCGAGUGUGCAAUACCCCUUAGCAGCACCGGUGCACAGUUUACAGCAAAUGCAGUCUGUCAUUCAGGCAGCCAAUCAGUCGUCAGUCAUUCAAACAGCCGCCACAAAUGCUGUGACCGCGGUGACGACAGGGACGAUAGGUGUACCUAAGGGUGGGGUAUUAUAUGUGAAUAAACCACCUAGUACAACGGUAAUACACACAACAUCAGGCAGUGGUGUACAGCUCCCUCCACAUUUUCAAUGUAAAAUCAAACCCGAACCAAAUACACAACACCUCGACACUAAUAGUGAAGAUAGUCUCACUGACGAGGACUCACCGCAGCGACGAAUAGAGCUUACAAGAAGGCCAUCGUACAAUAAAAUUUUCACCGAAAUUAGUGGACCUGAUAUAACAGAUAAUAGUGGCAUAGCUGAGGAUCAAACGCGCAAGCGCGAGAUACGAUUACAAAAAAAUCGGGAGGCGGCACGUGAAUGUCGGCGUAAAAAGAAGGAAUAUAUAAAGUGCCUGGAAAAUCGUGUGGCAGUGCUUGAGAAUCAAAACAAAGCGCUCAUUGAAGAAUUGAAAUCACUCAAAGAGCUCUAUUGUCAAACAAAGAUCGAUUGAGACCGGCAGGAUGAUGACGACGAUGCGGUUGGGACGGAAGUGGCGGCUACAGAUAACUAUGAAAACGAUGUCGACAAUGUCGCAGAUACUGUAGUUGCAGAUAAUGCUGCGGUAUCAAGUGUAGAUUUUGCCGUUACAAGUACAAAUUGUGAAAAUGCUGCUGCAAAUGGAGUUUUUAAUAGCAAUGCGUUAAGUGAAACGAAAGCACUUACUGCUGAUAAUACAUUACAACAAUAUGAUGAUGGUGAUAAUAGCAACUGUUGUAAAGACGAUCCUACGGUUGAAUGUGUUGCAGCUGAGCAAACUGAUUUUCAAGUGAACAAUCGAUUGCAAGUGUUGGAUGUAGGGAAAGCAGUGCCAUCUGUAGCAGCAGCAGAAGCAACAAAGACUACAACAACCAUUGUGCGCCGCAUUGUAGUUGCAAAUAUGAAUGCUGUUGCCGCCGCUGCCGUCAAAGCCACCGCCGCUACCGUUGUUUUUGUGCCCGCAAGACCUCCCACAAACUGUUAACCUGAUACGGCGAAGAAUUAGUACUCUGCACUAAUUUUUCGACUCAACAAAUUUUUUUGAAGAAAAUCAAAAAAAAAAAACUUACAUACACACACACACACAAGAAAACA